AUGGAAGGCGAUACACCUGAGAUCUCUGUUGAAUCUAAUCCAGAACCUUCAACACAAGAAUCUUCACCAACGUCUGAACUGAAGACUAUCUUACAACGGUCUGUCAAGAGGACGCGGGAACUUUUUGCUGAUGACCAGGAAAACAUUUAUGCUGUCCCAUUGGAAGAACAAGCAAGUCAACGCGUCAAGCUGCAGUCAAAGAUCUAUGAUGAGUUCAGAGAAGUUGAAAUCCUUCCAUACCCACUCUUACAGAGACAGAAGGAACAGUUGGCAAAGAAGAAGGCAGCUAAAGGUGGCUCAGCAGGAUCUGAGAAUACAGGUGCAGGCACAGAUGAUAGUGGUGUCGAAAAGAUAUUGGAUGGUAUGCCCAAGAAAACACAGCAACAGCAACAAUCCUCAGCAUUAGUCAAACAUAAACCAACGGUUCAUAACCCUUUCCCUGAUGCACCUGGCGGCAGUAGUUCGUUGGUCCGCAGACCUGUGGCAAAGGCAGUGCGUCCAGACUGGCAUGCUCCAUGGAAGCUGAUGAGAGUUAUCUCAGGACAUCAAGGAUGGGUCAGAAGUGUUGCAGUCGAGCCUGGAAAUACCUGGUUUGCUACUGGUGCAGGAGAUCGAAUUAUCAAGAUUUGGGAUUUGGCUUCAGGAAGACUGCGACUUUCGCUAACAGGACAUAUUGGACAAGUGCGUGGACUUGCAGUGUCACCACGUCAUCCAUAUCUGUUUUCGGCUGGUGAUGAUAAGAUGGUCAAGUGCUGGGAUCUAGAGACAAACAAAGUCAUUCGUCACUACCAUGGGCAUCUCAGUGGUGUCUAUGCGCUGGCUCUUCACCCUACAUUAGAUGUCCUUGUUACUUCUGGACGUGAUGCGACAGCCAGGGUCUGGGAUAUGCGAACGAAGCAAGCUGUUCACGUUUUGGCAGGACAUACUGGCACUGUGAGCGCUGUAAGGUGUCAGGAGGCAGACCCUCAAGUCAUUACAUCGUCUAUGGACAGCACAGUUAGACUUUGGGAUUUGGCAGCAGGAAAGACCAUGACAACAUUGACCCACCAUAAGAAGAGUGUUCGUGCGCUGACUAUCCAUCCAACAGAAUUUACAUUUGCAACUGCAAGUCCUGAUAAUAUUAAGCAAUGGAAAUGUCCAGAAGGCCAGUUCAUGCGUAAUUUUGAAGGUCCAGGCGGUGUAACUGGAGGCGGGGGUAUUGUCAAUGCAUUGGCAGUCAACGCAGACAAUGUGAUGUUCUCAGGAGCGGAUAAUGGUGCUAUGGGCUUUUGGGAUUGGAAGUCAGGAUAUCAAUUCCAGAGACUAGAUUCAUUGGUACAGCCAGGAUCAUUAGAGAGUGAAGCAGGUAUCUUCUGUGCAGAAUUUGAUAAGACAGGACUGCGGCUUAUCACUGGAGAAGCAGACAAGACAAUUAAGAUUUGGAAGGAGGAUGACCAAGCUACUCCCGAGACACAUCCUCUGGACUGGAAACCAUCGCUGGUCAAGAAACGUUAUUAA